AUGGCUACCGCCGGAACGUCUUCAUUAUUCACCCCCAUCAUCGAAACAGGUGUCACAGCUCAACCCAGCAGUCGGGUCUCUAACCUCGCUCAAAUCAUGGAAGACCACGAUGUAUCGAAACCUCAAACUGAGGAAAUGCCUCGACCUUACAAAUGUCCAAUCUGUAGCCGUUGUUUUCACCGUCUCGAACAUCAAACUCGUCAUAUCAGGACUCACACCGGGGAAAAACCACACGCUUGCACAUUCCCUGGCUGCUCCAAACGCUUCAGCCGUUCUGACGAAUUGACUCGACAUUCCAGAAUUCAUAAUAACCCAAACUCCAGAAGAAGCAACAAAAAUGGUGCUUCUGCUCAGCAUCAUCCCUCCUUGGCUCAACAGCAACUCGAGUCCAGGACUUCUCCAAAUGCCAUGACCCCAUCUGCUAUGAUGCCUCCUCCUCCCAGGCACGGUUCAAAAUCCGCUCCUUCUUCCAUCGUAGCCUCUCCGAACGUCUCUCCUCCUCAUUCUCACUUUUCCCAUCACAGCUCUCCCAUUGGAAAUCUCCCUGGUUUCGGAAGAGUCUCAGCUGGUGGUAAUUCACAAGGUCCCCUGGAUAUGAGUUUAUUGGCCGCCGCCGCAUCUAGAGAAUUGGAAAGGGAAAGAUUUGGCGGUGGAGGAGGUUCUAAUUCCUACCUCGCACCCCAUCUCUACGGUCACGGCCACGGUCAUAGCCACAGUCACAGCCAUAGUCAUAGCCAUAGCCAUUCUAGAUUGGCCCCCAUCUCGCAGCAAAUGGACUGCACCACCACAACAUCAACAUCGUCGAUGUCUAGGUCGCAUUCUCAUGACGACGAAAAUCCUUAUCUUGCCCAUCGAGCAGCCAAACGCUCCCGACCUACUUCUCCCAUCUCUACCGCGCCUUCCUCUCCAACUUUCUCCCACGAUUCUUGCUCUCCUACUCCUGAACACACUCCUCUUGCAACUCCAGCUCAUUCCCCCAGACUCUACCCGCGAGAGCUCGAAUACGGGUCUGGAUUGCAACUUCCUAGCAUUCGUCUCCUUUCCUUGAGACCUAUGCCGGCUCUCGCUCCCAUGGACAUCGCUGAUCCUUAUUCUGCAACAAAUACGCCAUCGAUAACACCGACAACCUCCGCUCUCCGUUUAACUGAUAUUAUGAGUAAAAGCGAGGGAGCUCAGAGAAAACUUCCCAUACCAUCUGUUCCGAGGGUCACAGUUCAUGAUCUUUUGAACGGAAACGGUAGUGGUUUCUCGUCUGGUAAUUCAUCUGCGGCUGGAUCCGUUGCUGGAGGCGAUCUCUCCGACCGUCUUUGA